AUGGGCAAUGAGAUUUCUAAUGGAAGUCCAGGAGAUCUGGAAUAGAUGAAAAGAUUUAUGAACAUGUCGCCAGGUUAGGUCAAAUUGAUAAAAGAGAAAUUCGAAUUGAUGGCGGAUGAGGAUCUCACGAUUGAUAGGAAUGGGUUUAUAUAGUUGAUGAAAUUGAAGGAGACUGAAGUAGAUAAAGUGUUUUAAUUUUUUGACAUCAGCAAUGAUGGUCGAAUUGACAGUCAUGAAUUUGUAUGUGCUUUGAGUCUUUUGAGUUAAGCCACCCUGAAGGAAAAAGCAAAUAUCAUAUUUUCCUUAUAUGACUUUGAUCACAACAAAACAAUCACUCGAAAUGAAUUGGUCAUUCUGAUCAAGACUACUUUGACAGCCUUGGGAGCCAUGUCACAGAAGGGAGAAUGCACCAUCCAAGAGGCAGAGAGAAUCUCAGACGAAUUGCUAAGGAAAUAUGAUACAAACAAGGACGCCUCAAUAUCUUUGUCUGAAUUUCAUAGUCUUUUAUCAAAAGAUUAAGAUGUGCUCAAGAUGCUCCUAUCCUAUGGCUUAUGCUCACUGGAAGAUUUGAGAUCUGACUUCGGAGGAGCCUAAUAGGGUGAUGUUCCGUAUCCAGACUCUGAUUUGGAGAGUGAAACACAGCGAAGACAAUUGGCAUACGAUCAGAAAAGAGAAUUGAGGAAAAUUGGAAUAGAAGCCAAUCUUGAUGAUGGCAAUACUCAAUUACAAUAAGAUAAUAAUCAAAAAGCUCUCAAAAUGACCAACAAAGAAGUUUGGAAAAACCAAGUUAAGAAUGGUUAUCCAUCUUCUUGGAAACCAGGAAAAGGGGAUAUCAAUCCACCAAGUACAUUUAUGGAAUUAGAUUACAUAUAUGGAUUUAGAAGUUUUGACACAAGAAACAAUAUUAAGUUUGUUGAUUAAGAAUUAGUCUAUUUUACUGCUGCAGUUGGAGUGGUGUAUAAUCCAUAGACAAAUUAAUAAAGGUUCUUCUUUGAACACACAGAUGAUAUUACAUGCAUAGAUGUUUACGAUAAGUAUGUUGCAACUGGUUAGGCAAGGGGAUAGGUUCCUCCUAUUUAUAUUUGGGAAGUUAAAGAUUAAAUGUAACCAUCUAGAGCUGCUUUUAAAGGUAUUUUGCGUUAAGGAGUGCAAUGCUUAGCAUUUUCAAAUGAUGGUAAGAAAUUGGCCGCUGUGAGUAUGGAUGAUGAUCACACUUUGGUUGUUUAUGAUGUGGAUAAGGGAAUAGAUGCAAGAUUGAAAGGUCCUAGGUCAUUUGUAUUUGAUAUUAAAUUUGAUAAAGUUGACAAGUAUUUGAUUGUGGCAUGUAAGAAUGAAGUCUACUUUUGCAGUUACGAUUAAAAUCAAAUCAGAUUGAAUCUAGGAAUUUGGGAUACGAAAACAUCACCAUUCUCAUCAGUAUUAUGCAUAGCAUUAUGCGAUAACAAUGUGAUAACAGGUACGUACAGAGGAUAAUUAUUAAUCUGGAAGAGCAAUAGAGCUACUACAGCAGUGGAUGCUCAUAAGAGUGCAGUGCUAGCUAUUCAUACGAAGAGAAGUUAGGAAGGUGGGGUUGUAUCAGGGAGUAAAGAUGGAACAAUCAUAGUUUGGGAUGUGAACAUGAAAGCUAAAGAGAAGAUAAAUGUUCUGAACUUAAAUUUAAAAAUAUUCAAUUUCAAAGUAUAAAGUGUUACAAUAGGACCAAAUGAUUAAGAUAAAUCUGUCCACUUAGUGUUUGGAACAAGAGGUUCUGACAUGGUAGAGGUGCAAGGACCAAAAAAUAAGAUUUUAAUGAGAGGACAUUCAGUCGGAGUCUUAAGGGGAUUGGCCAUGCAUCCAAAAUUCCCUACUUUUUACACAAUUGGAGAAGAUAAUAUUUUGGCUUGUUGGCUGAUCAAGGAUAAGAAGAUGUCAAGUUGCAUGAGACUAGAAUAUCCUAGCAGUGCUAUUCAUAUUAGCAAAGAUUACAAAUAUCUGGCUGUUGGUAGUACUAAUGGAACUGUACUUAUUAUUGAUCCUAAAACAUUGAUGCCUACUUUUAACUUUAAAGAUAGGGAUGCUGAAGUCUCAUGUCUCAAAUUCUCUCCUGAUACUGAAUAAUUAGCAGUUGGUCAUGAUGCACCAAGUUGUGAUGUCAUCAUAUAUUCAAUUAAGAAUCAUUUCAAAAAGACUAAUGUUUUAAGAGGAUCUCCUGCAAGAGUAAUUAGUAUUGAUUUCUCAUCCACAUGCAGAGUUUUAUAAAUUAAUGAUUGGAGUCAAUAAGUUCUCUAUUAUGAAUUGGGUGGAGAAAAUAAUCAAAAAGUACAACCAGAUGGAGCUUAGAAGUAUAAGGAUGAGAAGUGGGCAACAUACACAGCUAUAUAUGGAUGGCAUGUUUUGGGAGUAUGGCCACCUUUAUCAGCUGGAAGUGAUAUCAACGCUGUGGAUAGAUCUAAUAAAGGAGAUAUUAUAGUUUCAGCUGACGACUAUUCUGGAAUCAAGAUAUUCAGAUAUCCUGCUGCAUAACCAGGUUAAGGAUUUUAGAGAUAUGUGGGACAUGCAGCACAUGUGACCAAUAUCAGAUUCUCAGCUGAUGACGAGUACAUCAUAUCAUUGGGUGGAGCAGAUAAGUCCAUCAUGUAAUGGAAAGUCUCGCAUGAUAAGGAUGCUCAGAUUGAGUAAGAUCAGGCAUGUGAAUCAAUUUAAGAUGUUUAGAUAUCCAAGGAUUAUUAUAGACUCAAUUUAAAUGAGGAGGAGAAUAACCUUUGUUAAAAGCCACUUAACCAACCAAUUUUAAAUUUGAAUGAGAAGAAAUAUAAUGUGUUGCCUUAGGGUAACAUAACACUUGACUAUGUUUUGGGGUAUGAAAACAGAUUAUUAAAUUAUUUGGAAAAUGGUAAGAUUGCAUUCUCUUGUGGAACGGUUGGUGUUAUAAUGGAUCCGAAUAUGCCCGUUGGAUAAUAAUAUUGCACUCAGACUUAUUUCAGAUAUCAUUAGGAUGAAAUCACUUGCAUUGCCAUUCAUCCAAGAGGAAGAAUAAUUGCAACAGGUACUAAAGCAUUUGCUUUGAAUGAGAAGCAAUUAACUGCGAUUUGUGUUUGGGAGGCUGAAUCAAAGAAGGUUUUGUCAAUGUUGAAUGAUUUUCAUACUAAAAUGAUUUAUUGCUUAGAGUUUUCAUACGAUGGUGUUUUUUUAUUAUCAUUUUCCUCGGAAUAUUCAAUCGCAGUUCACGAUUGGCAAAUUGGGUAGUUGAUUAUUACUGUAAAGACUAUGAGAUCUAACAUUUAUGGAAUUUGCAGCAAGUCACCCACUGAGUUCAUGUCUUGUGGAUAGAGGAAUGUCACAUUCUAUUAAAUGAAUGGAAGAAAUAUCAAAUGUUAUCCAGGCAUUCUUAAUAGCAAUCAAUUUGAACCAAUGUUGUGCUGUUGUGUUGCAUUUAAGGAGUCAUAUGAAAUCACAGGAUCUGAAAAUGGUAACAUUUUCCUUUGGAAAGAUAACAAAAACAGCAAACAUUACUAAGCUCAUAGAUCCAAGGUGAGUUCAUUAGUUGCUGUUGGAAAAACCUAAUUGUAUAGUAGUGGUUUGGAUGGUUAAAUUAAGUUAUGGGAAAUGAAUGGAAAUAAUUUGAAUAAUGUUGCAACAGUUAUUGAUAUUACUGAAGCUCUUCAUUAACCUCAGCUGUAGUGA